AUGCUUAGAUUUGGCACUCGUAGGCUCUUUUCGACAGGUGGAAGGUUGAAGGUACAGCAAGUGCCGCCUCCGACACAUUUUUCGAACCAACCGCCCACUCAUUUCAACAAUAUUACAACCUCUUCCCCCAUCUCUCCCGCGAACCAUACUGUUAACCUUGAAAAUCAGCAAUCACCGACCACGUCGCCCUCCACAUCGCUGUCGUCGUCCAAACAUCUUCGAGAAUUGACCAUCCUUUUCACUAUUAUAACGCUCUCGUUCCUCACGGUGGACAACUACAUAAAUAGAAUAAAGCUCGAAAAACUCAUUAACGAGACUACGAUGAUAAACAUCAAGACAUUGAAAACUCAACAAGUCAAUUUCAAUGCUGCACAGAAACGUAAGAACUUGCAAAUAAUUGGCGAGAGAAGAGAUAACAUGAAGAAGUUUACAAAAAUGGGGCUCCACAUCGCCAUGCUCAGAAAGCAAUUAAUAGAGUUGGGCCACGAUCCUGCUGCAAUUGAAAAUGUUUUGGCGGAAUACGAGAAAAAUGUUAAAGUAAAUUCAUCAGUGAACAACGUCAUUGACCAAGUCUUGUACUUGAGUGAUGAUUCCAAUUUGAAGGAAUACUAUCCAAGCAUACACGAAUACGAAAAGGCAGGGGGAAAAUAG